UAUUCUGUUCGCGCGAUGCACUGAUAUGGAUUUUAAAAAAUAUUUUGUGAUAUCCCAUACUUUCUCGGAUUGUUGAAGCAAUACAAAAAAGGCACCUCUGAACUGAGGCGAUACCCUCUCUUUGUUUGGAGAAGAGCUAACCCCUGAAUAAAAGACAUGGAGAGCAAAGAAGAGAUCAGUGAUACUGACAGCGGCAUCAUUCUGCAGUCUGGUCCAGAUAGCCCCUCCUCUCCUCUGAAGGACCUGACCACUCACACGCGAGCCAUGAAGCUGAAGCACAAAUCAUUGGAGGACCGACUGGAGCUGUGUCUGCUGGAGCUGAAGAAACUGUGUAUCCGCGAGGCCGAGCUGACAGGACACCUGUCGUCAGACUACCCGCUGCAGCCAGGAGAGAAGCCCCCACGAGUCCGACGGCGUAUCGGAGCCGCCUUCAAGUUGAACGAAGAGAGCAUCCACCAGGAGGGAGGGGAUCCCGAGCUUCUCUCUGUGGAGGCAGAGCUAGCCCUGCAGCUGCAGAUUUAUGAGGCGGCCCGCAGGCUGUCCCUUGAGGAACACCUGAGCAAGCCGGUGAGGAAGAGCCGGCAGCAGCAGUGCAAACGCGAGGAGAGGAAGGUGCAGGAGCUACGGGAGGCCGUGCUCCAGCUCCGCCUCAGGCAGGGGCGCACCUCGCCGCACCCGGCCAACGCCAGCUCUCAGAGAGAUCCCGGCACCUCGGAUGACAGCUCCCUGUCAGACGCUGUGGUCCUAGAUGAAGAAGUGGAGUCCAACCAGUCCUCUCAACUGGCACUGGAGGCUCCAGACCUUGCGGAUCCCCAGCAGACCACCGAGGUCCCCCCUCAAGGCCCUCCACCCAGUCCCCGGCACCUCCCACCUCAGACCCUGGAGGGCCUGAGGCCUGGAGAGAAGCACAGCCAAGAGUAUGAGCGCUCCCCCAUCCAGAACUCACCCUGGAAGGAGUCCAGUCUGGACCAGCCCUAUCAGAAACCCAAGAAAUCCCAAUCUGCUUGCAGCAGCCGGUCAAGUAGUCCAGCGGUGACUCCCGUGUCCACCCCAGUGGAUCCCCGAUUUGGAGAUGCCCCGCUCCCGUUCCUGAUGCCCCUGCGCCACACUCACUCCAGCAGUGCCCCUACCACCCCGGAGCUACACACGCGCAGACAGUACUCCCAAUCCUUCCGGCUUCCGAACAGCAAGAACUUUCAGGACCCCAAUCAGACUCGGGGCCGCGCCCAGCUGCCGCGGAGACGAGUGACAGACUUCACAGUGACCGCGCCGGAGUACUCGCCCCGGAGGGCGGCCCAGGGGACCCCGCUGUACCUGUCCAGCUCUGAAGACAGUAGCUCUGAGCACUCUGUGCCCUCCUACACCAGCUCUCCCUGCCGCGAGGUCCCGCUCAAGAUGACCAGGCCGUGCCCGCCCCCUUACGGAUACCACCUCACUACCCACGGCAACGGCGUCCACAACGGGCCCCUGGCGUUCACGGGGCCCAGCUUCUACAAAAUCACCCCGCACCAGCCCACAGCCAGCUUCUACAGGGAGUACAUGGAGGAGGCGGGUGGGUACCCCCCUGAAAUCGACAUGGGACGACUAUAUUUGGGCCCACCCCCACCCCACUCCCUCGCUCGGUAUGAGUACCGGUACGAGGAGGCCCCCUCUCCACGACAGAUGCUCAGGCCUCUGCCCCCCCACACGCGGCUAGCCCGCACCCCUUCCCUCAGGGAAUACUCCCACCAUCACAUGAGGGGGCUGCCGAGGGAGAUGGUGUCAGAAGAGCUCAAGUCCUGGCACCAGCGCAGCCAGUUCCGGGGCCCUCGUCCUCGAUCCCUGGACCGGCAGGGCGCGGUCCGCAUCAAGAGCGCACACGGGCGAGACUCCCCUCUUUCCCAGCAACACCACCUCUAUCAUCAGAUUCCCCAGAGGCACAUCCUCCAGAGGGCCCCAGAUGGGACACCAGUGCAGUGGUUUGUGGAGGAGGACUCUGAAAUCAUCAGCCAGGUCUAGCUACACGGAGGAGGACUCUGAAAUCGUCAGCCAGGUCUAACUCUGGGACCAAGUCACCGAAAUACACUGGAUACGCCCAAGGGGUCGUGUUUAUUUAUUUAUUUAUUGAGCCAGUGGACUCAUGGAACCAUGUUGUGCACCUGUAGACAUUCACUUUUGUAAACACGAGAAGACAUGUUAUACUCCUGCACCAAAGGAGGCACCUCCACCACCAAAUCUAUGAAUUGCUUGUCUUGAGACAAGAA